UGUAUAUAUUGGUGUUUUAUGCUGAGAUAAGAGAAUACAGACCGGAAGUGGAAUUGUAUAUAUUGGUGUUUUAUGAUGAAAGAGAGAAUACAGACCGGAAGUGGAAUUGUAUAUAUUGGUGUUUUAUGCUGAGAUAAGAGAAUACAGACCGGAAGUGGAAUUGUAUAUAUUGGUGUUUUAUGGUGAGAUACGAAAAUACAGACCAGAAGUGGAAUUGUAUAUAUUGGUGUUUUUGUCCUGAGAUGCGAGAAUACAGACUGGAAGUGUAAUUGUAUAUAUUGGUGUUUUAUGCUGCGAUGCGAGAAUAUAGAUUGAAAGUGGAAUUGUAUAUAUUGGUGUUUUUGUACUGAGAUACAAGAAUACAGACUGGAAGUGGAAAUGUAUAUAUUGGUGUUUUAUGCUGAGAUGCGAGAAUACAGACUGGAAGUGGAAUUGUAUAUAUUGUUGUUUUGUGCUGGGAUGCGAGAAUACAGACCGGAAGUAGAAUUGUAUAUAUUGGUGUUUUAUGCUGAGAUACAAGAAUACAGACCGGAAGUGGAAUUGUAUUUAUUGGUGUUUUUGUGCUGGGAUGCGAGAAUACAUACCGGAAGUGGACAUGUAUACAUUGGUGUUUUAUGGUGAGAUGCGAGAAUACAGACCGGAAGUGUAAUUGUAUAUAUUGGUGUUUUUGUGCUGGGAUGCGAGAAUACAGACCGGAAGUAGAAUUGUGCAUAUUGGUGUUUUUGUCCUGAGAUACAAGAAUACAGACUGGAAGUGUAAUUGCAUAUAUUGGUGUUUUAUGCUGCGAUGCGAGAAUACAGACCGAAAGUGGAUUUGUAUAUAUUGGUGUUUUUGUGCUGGGAUGUGAGAAUACAGACCAGAAGUGGAAUUGUAUAUAUUGGUGUUUUAUGCUGAGAUGCGAGUAUACAGACCGGAAGUGGAAUUGUAUUUAUUGGUGUUUUUGUGCUGGGAUACAAGAAUACAGACUAGAAGUGUAAUUGUAUAUAUUGGUGUUUUAUGCUGCGAUGCGAGAAUACAGCCCGGAAGUGGAGUUGUAUAUAUUGGUGUUUUUGUGCUGGGAUGCGAGAAUACAUACCGGAAGUGGACAUGUAUAUAUUGGUGUUUUUGUGCUGGGAUGCGAGAAUACAUACCGGAAGUGGACAUGUAUAUAUUGGUGUUUUUGUGCUGGGAUGCGAGAAUACAUACCGGAAGUGGACAUGUAUAUAUUGGUGUUUUAUGGUGAGAUGCGAGAAUACGGACCGGAAGUGGAAUUGUAUAUAUUGGUGUUUUUGUGCUGAAAUGUGAGAAUACAGACCGGAAGUGGAAUUGUAUAUAUUGGUGUUUUAUGCUGAGAUGCGAGAAUACAGACCGAAAGUGGAAUUGUAUAUAUUGGUGUUAUUGUACUGAGAUACAAGAAUACAGACUGGAAGUGGAAAUGUAUAUAUUGGUGUUUUAUGCUGAGAUGCGAGAAUACAGACUGGAAGUGGAAUUGUAUAUAUUGUUGUUUUGUGCUGGGAUGCGAGAAUACAGACCGGAAGUAGAAUUGUAUAUAUUGGUGUUUUAUGCUGAGAUACAAGAAUACAGACCGGAAGUGGAAUUGUAUUUAUUGGUGUUUUUGUGCUGGGAUGCGAGAAUACAUACCGGAAGUGGACAUGUAUACAUUGGUGUUUUAUGGUGAGAUGCGAGAAUACAGACCGGAAGUGUAAUUGUAUAUAUUGGUGUUUUUGUGCUGGGAUGCGAGAAUACAGACCGGAAGUAGAAUUGUGCAUAUUGGUGUUUUUGUCCUGAGAUACAAGAAUACAGACUGGAAGUGUAAUUGCAUAUAUUGGUGUUUUAUGCUGCGAUGCGAGAAUACAGACCGAAAGUGGAUUUGUAUAUAUUGGUGUUUUUGUGCUGGGAUGUGAGAAUACAGACCAGAAGUGGAAUUGUAUAUAUUGGUGUUUUAUGCUGAGAUGCGAGUAUACAGACCGGAAGUGGAAUUGUAUUUAUUGGUGUUUUUGUGCUGGGAUACAAGAAUACAGACUAGAAGUGUAAUUGUAUAUAUUGGUGUUUUAUGCUGCGAUGCGAGAAUACAGCCCGGAAGUGGAGUUGUAUAUAUUGGUGUUUUUGUGCUGGGAUGCGAGAAUACAUACCGGAAGUGGACAUGUAUAUAUUGGUGUUUUUGUGCUGGGAUGCGAGAAUACAUACCGGAAGUGGACAUGUAUAUAUUGGUGUUUUUGUGCUGGGAUGCGAGAAUACAUACCGGAAGUGGACAUGUAUAUAUUGGUGUUUUAUGGUGAGAUGCGAGAAUACGGACCGGAAGUGGAAUUGUAUAUAUUGGUGUUUUUGUGCUGAAAUGUGAGAAUACAGACCGGAAGUGGAAUUGUAUAUAUUGGUGUUUUAUGCUGAGAUGCGAGAAUACAGACCGAAAGUGGAAUUGUAUAUAUUGGUGUUAUUGUGCUGAGAUGUGAGAAUACAGACCGGAAGUGGAAUUGUAUAUAUUGGUGUUAUUGUGCUGAGAUGUGAGAAUACAGACCGGAAGUGGAAUUGUAUAUAUUGGUGUUAUUGUGCUGAGAUGUGAGAAUACAGACCGGAAGUGGACAUGUAUACAUUGGUGUUAUUGUGCUGGGAUGCGAGAAUACAGAGCGGAAGUGGAAGCGGGGGAGUCAGGGAGGAGGGUUGUUGGACUGACAGCAGCCCCAAGUCAGCAUUAGAGACAUUUCCAUUUUAAGUGGACAUGAAAUAUGUGAUGCUAAUGGAAGAUGAGUGCAGCACAGAAGCCUGUAGUUAUUAGAAACCAGGGAUUAAAAAACAACAACACAUUUAUGAGCCAGGAGGAGUCUGUGUGGAAGAAAGACCUCAUUGCAACGGACAUAGCGUUCCAUAAGCCGCUUAUAGCAGUAUUUUAUUAACGAACAUACUCAGGAGUGACAUUCACGCUGACUUUGCCGGAAAUAUUAUUGUCUGAUUAUGUCACUCAAACAUAGACCUGAACGGUGCAUUUUUACAUACAGUAGGGGUCUCCAAACUACGGUCUUAGGGUGGGAUCCAGCCCGCCGAUGUCCACAAACUGUCCCGCGGGACGUCCCAAAUUAAAAGGGAAAUAAUAAUUUUAACAGUUGAAUACAUAUUUUAACAGUCAUACAAGUGUGAGGAAUCAAGCACACCUAAGUGAGAACCAGUCCAGACCCGGGAUGCUUCACCAGGACCAACAUCUGGCCUACGGAGGUCAAGGCAACAACAAUCGCUCCUCCUCGUUGCCAAACAGGAAGUACGACCAGGACGGCAACUUCAACUUCCUGUCCGACAGAGACGACCUCACAGGGACAGGCGAUGAGAAUCAGAACCGCCAGCGUCCUUGCAAACUGGGUCCUCUGGGCCCCGACCCCGCCCACUCGUCCUCCCACAGAAACUCUGGGGUCCUGUCGCCUCGUUCCCGCCUGCCCUGCUGGAGCACGUUGGACCCCCUGCCGGAAAUCGAACACGGGGAUGACGGGUCCGGCCGCGUGCCGCCCGAUGGUGCGGAGGAAAGGAGGCUGGAGGAGGAGGAGGAGGAGGAGGGUCAUCAGCGGGAGAAAAUGGAAGUUCUCAGGAAGAGGAGCAGCAUCCCGAGCAGGCAGGAGAUGGAGGAGAUGAUGAGGCUUGAGAAGGACGAGGAGUGGGGGGACAGCGAGUCUGACUCGGACUCUGGCGGCAGCAUGUCCUCCCUCACCAUGGAGACCAGGGGCGACUGGAUGUCCUCAGGAGGAUGGGACCGCAUGGGAGUCGGGGAGCCCAGAUUGAGCCAGCAGGACUUGGACUCCAGGAGGGGCAGCUCCAGAGAAGCCUCAUCCUCCUCCUCCUCAUCCUCCGCCGCCGCACGCCGACGAAGCCUGGGCCGCAAGUCCUUGUCCAUGUCCAGGAGCAACCUGGAAGACCUCUUGGAGGAAGGGGCGGAGGAUCCACGCCGCCAGUCCACCGACUCGGACAACGGCGAGGCCCCCGAGCUCCUGGACGCCGUGUGGACGCUGCGGGACCGCGAGAGGUUCAAGGCGCAGGAGAUGGAGAAACACCAGGUGCAGCUGACCAUGUACCGCCGCCUGGCGCUGAUCCGCUGGGUCCGCACCCUGCAGGGCCGCGUCCAGGAGCAGCAGAACCGGCUGCAGUCCAGCUUCGACGUCAUCCUCACCAACAGGAAGGAGCUGCUGCGCAUGGGCGCCGCCGUCAUCAACGCCGCGCCCGCCGCUGCUGUGGGACAAUCGUAGGACCCACGGAACAUUCCUGUCCACUAGGCGGCGCUGUAACCCUUAGACGUAAGACCACUCAUAGCCAAUCAGAAGACUUGAAAGCAGCGUCACUCAUGGAACUACAGAACCAACGUCCACUGCUGUGGACAUUUGUCUUUUGUUUUUCAGUGGAUGUUUGUCUUUUGUUCAUUUUUUCAAAAUGUACAACUGAAACAAAAAAUAGACCAAAACACUAACGUCCACUGCAGUGGACAUUUGUCUUUUGUUUUUUAGUGGACAUUUGUCUUUUGGUUUUUUUUUCAAAAUGUACAACUGAAACAAAAAUACACCAAAACACCAACGUCCACUGCAGUGGACAUUUGUCUUUUUUUUUUUUUCUUCCCAAAAUGUACAACUGUAGCAGAAUAUAGACCUAAACACCAAUGUCCACUGCAGUGGACAUUUGUCUUUUGCAUAUGAGUGCUUUUUUUUUUUUUUUUAAAUGUACAACCAACAAAAAAUAGAUCGAAAAAAACAAUGUCCACUGCAGUGGACAUUUGUCUUUUGCUUUUUUUCAAAAUGUACAACUGUUACAAAAAAUAGUACAAAAAAACAACGUCCACUGCAGUGGACAUUUGUCUUUUGAAUAAGAGUGCUUUAAAAAAAAAAAAAAAAAAAAAAAGUACAACUGUAACAAAAAAUUUACCAAAAACCAACGUCCACUGCAGUGGACAUUUGUCUUUUUUUUUUUUUUUUCUAAAUGUACAACUGUAGCAGAAAAUAGACCUAAACACCAAUGUCCACUACGUCCACUGCGAAAGACGAAUGUCCACUGCAGUGGACAGUUGUCUUUCGCAUAAGAGUGGUGUUGUUUUUUUUCAAAAUGUACACCUGUAACAAAAAAUUGACCCGAAAAACUAUGUAGAUUACAGUGGACAUUUGUCUUUUGCAUAAGGGUUUAUAUAUAUAUAUAUAUAUAUAUAUUAUUUUUUUUUCAAAUUGUACAACUGUGACAAAAAAUAGACAGAAAAACCAAAGUCCACUGUCUUUUUCUUUUUUUUCUUUUCUUCAAAAUGUACAACUGUAACAAAAUACCACCGUCCACUGUAGUGGACGUUUGUCUUUUGCAUCACAAUGCUUUUGUUCAAAAUGUGCACUUGUAACACUCUUUUGUCCACUGCAGUGGAUGUUUGUUUUUUUGGUCUAUUUUUUUGUUACAGUUGUUCAUUUUGAAAAAUAAUGUCCACUGCAGUGGACAUUUUUGUAUUUUUUUUUUAACAUUUAAAACUGUACCAAAAAAUAGACCCAAAAACAAUGUCCACUACAGUAGAAAUUGGUCUUUUGUGAAAAGUGUUUUGUUUUUUGUUUUUUUUCCCAAAGUGUACAACUGUUACAAAAAAUAGACCAAAAAACAAACGUCCACUGCAGUGCACAAAAGAGUGGAGGGAACUUAGAUGUUGAGUUCCAGUUGCAGCAACAGCAUAUAUAAUAAGUGUAGAGUACAGUGGAGAUCAUGGCUCCACCAGACUCUUCUAUCUAUACUCACCUAAGAGCCGGCGUCCACUGGAGUGGACGUUUGUGUUUUGCAUAAAAGGGCUUUCUUUUGUGUGACAAAAUCAAACGUCCACCAGAGUGGACAAACGUUGAAGUGGCUAGCACAUAUAUGAUCCCCUGUCCUUGCAGCGAUGUACAGUAGGUUCCAGUAGCAGCAACACCAUAUAUAGCAUGCACACUAUUUUGCUAUGUAUAUUCUCUUAAAAGCCAGCGUCCACUGCAGUGGACAUCUGUGUUUGUCUAAAAUGUGGACUUUCGACCAGGACCAAACGUCCACUGCAGUGGACACGGGGAUAAGGACGAUAUCACACUAUGAAGGCGCAACAAGCAUGUAGUACAUGUCCAAGGUUCUGUUGUUAUAGAAUUUGUUACACUCCAUUAUUUAUUAUUGAAACACGACUUGAUUUAAAGUCACAGUACGACUUUAAAAAAGUAUGUGAAAGUUUUUUCUUUGUCUCAAAAAACAUUUUAGAUUAGAGGGAAUUUAAUUGAAGCUCUCCGCUUUGUAGAUUUUGGGUAAAAAAUAAAUUUUCCGGUGGAUUGUAAUAGAAGAUACUUGCCAACCGUCCCGAUUUUUCCUGGAGACUCAGGAAUUUUAGUGCCCAUUUCUGCCGAUUUCCACCCGGACAACAAUAUUGGGGGCGUGCCUUAAAGGGACUGCCUUCAGCGUCCUCUGCAACCUGCCGUCACGUCUGCUUUUUGUCCACAGUAACAGCGUGUCUGCCCAGUCACAUAAUAUAUGCCGCUUUUACACAUACACAUAAGCGAAUGCAAUGCAUACUUGGUCGACAGCCAUACAGGUCACACUGAGGGUGGCCGUAUAAACAACUUUAACACUGUUACAAAUAUGCGCCACACUGUGAACCCACACCAAACAAAAAUGACAAACACAUUUCGGGAGAACAUCCGCACCGUAACACAACAGAACAAAUAAUCAGAAAUUUCCAAAACAGAAAGUGCAAGAUUGUCGGAGACAUUUUAAAACAAGCUAUUAGUGCACUUUUGUGCAUGAUGUCACUAAGAUGACAUAUCAAAACUACGGAUGUCCGAUAAUAUCGGUCUGCCGAUAUUAUUGGCCGAUAAAUGCUUUAAAAUGUAACAUCGGAAAUUAUUAGUUUUAGUAAAAUUUGCGACUCUUUUAAACGCGGCUGUGUACACGGAGGCAGGGAGAGGUACAGAACACCACUAAUCAUUAAAGGCACUGUCUUUCCGUACCGGCAAAGUCACACAUUAUUUACAGCUUUUCAUGCACACGAGUGAAUACAAGGCAUACUUGGUCAGCUACCAUACAUGUCACACUGAGGAUGGCCGUAUAAACAACUUUAACACUGUUACAAAUAUGCGCCACACUGUGAACCCACACCAAACAAGAAUGACAAACACAUUUCGGGAGAUCUUCCGCACCGUAACACAACAGAACAAAUAACCAGAAAUUUCCAAAACAGAAAGUGCAAGAUUGUCGGAGACAUUUUAAAACAAGCUAAUAGUGCACUUUUGUGCAUGAUGUCACCAAGAUGACGUAUCAAAACAAGGGAUGUCCGAUAAUAUCGGUCUGCUGAUAUUAUCGGACGAUAAAUGCUUUAAAAUGUAAUAUCGGAAAUUAUCGGUAUCAGUUUCAAUUGGUAAAAUUUGUGACUAUUUUAAACGCGGCUGUGUACACGGAGGCAGGGAGAGGUACAGAACACCACUGAUCAUUAAAGGCACUGUCUUUCCGUACCGGCCAAGUCACACAAUAUUUACAGCUUCUCAUGCACACGAGUGAAUGCAAUGCAUACUUGGUCAACAGCCAUACAGGUCACACUGAGGGUGGCCGUAUAAAAAACUUUAACACUGUUACAAAUAUGCACCACACUGUGAACCCACACCAAACAGGAAUGACAAACACAUUUCGGGAGAUCUUCUGCAUUGUAACACAACAUAAACACAACAGAACAAAUACCCAGAAUCCCUUGCAGCACUAAAUCUUCCGGGACGCUACCAACAACCCCCCCCCAGACCUCCUGAAUUCGGAGGUCUCAAGGUUGGCAAGUAUGCAAUAGAAGAAAGAAACCGACACCUUCAUGUCGCUUCCCAACCUACACAGUGAAGUUUUACAAGCCUUCUGCUUAGUAAGAUCAAAGACAGCUUUUGUCCUCUCGCCAGGACCUCAUGGCAACACAAAAGUUUUGCGAUAACUUAGCUGUAUCGUCCACUUUUUCAGCCAUUAAAAAAACUAACUAAUAGAAGUUGGAGAAAAAAAAAAGUUUUUCCUUUUAAAUGCACUUGGGGGGGGAAAAACCUUGCUAAAAUGGAAGUUUGCUAACAUUAAGUCACACUAAAACCGAAGCAUUUUUUUUUAAAAUACUUGGUUUGCUUGGAAUUUAGGACCAUCCGAGGUCCUUUUGUGUAACCUUUUUUGGACAUUUUAACAACAUGCAAUCAUUUAUUUAUUUUUUGUCGACGUUGUCAAAACCAUCCGCUGUAUGUAGAGACCAAGCUGUAGAAAUCAAUAAUAAGUCGAUCAAUAAAUAUCUCAUUAAGUG